CUGAUGGACAUCCUGCGUUGCCGGGGCAAGAGGGGCUACGAGGCCUUUCUGGAAGCCCUGGAGUUCUACUACCCUGAGCACUUCACCCUGCUGACCGGCCAGGAGGCUGCUCAGCGUUGCUCCAUGAUCCUGGAUGAGGAGGGACCUGAGGGCUUGACCCAGUUCCUGAUGACAGAGGUCCGGCGGCUGCGGGAGGCUCGCAAGGGCCAGCUGCAGCGGGAGCAGCAGCUGCAGGCCAGGGGCCGGUUGCUGGAGGAGGAGCGGGCAGGGCUAGAGCAGCGCCUGCGAGAGCAGCAGCAGGCCCAGGAGCGCUGCCAGCGGCUGCGGGAGGACUGGGAGGCCGGCAGCCUGGAGCUGCUGCGGCUCAAGGACGAGAACUACAUGAUCGCCAUGCGCCUGGCGCAGCUCAGCGAGGAGAAGAAUUCGGCUGUGCUCCGGAGCCGAGACCUUCAGCUGGUGGUGGAUCAGCUCAAGCUCAAGGUGAGCCGCCUGGAGGAGGAGUGCACCCUGCUGCGCAGGACCCGGGGGCCGCUCCCUGGGUCUGAGGAGAAGGAGAGGGAACCAGAGGGCAUGGACCUGGUCUCGGAGCUGCGGGCAGAGAACCAGCGGCUGACCACAUCCCUGCAGGAGCUGCAGGAGGGCCUGCGGCAGGAGGCAGGCCGGCCGGGGGCCCCGGGCUCAGAGCGCAUCCUCCUGGACAUCUUGGAGCACGACUGCCGCGAGGCGCAGGACAGCCGGCAGGAGCUGUGCCAGAAGCUGCACGCUGUGCAGGGGGAGCUGCAGUGGGCGGAGGAGCUGCGGGACAAGUACCUGCAGGAGAUGGAGGACCUGCGGCUGAAGCACCGCACACUGCAGAAGGACUGUGACCUGUACAAGCAUCGCAUGGCCACCGUCCUAGCACAGCUGGAAGAGAUCGAGAAGGAGCGGGACCAGGCCAUCCAGAGCCGGGACCGGGUCCAGCUGCAGUACUCACAGAGUCUCAUUGAGAAGGACCAGUACCGCAAGCAGGUGCGCGGCCUGGAGGUGGAGCGGGAUGAGCUGCUGACCACACUCACCAGCCUGGAGGGCACCAAGUCCCUGCUGGAGGCGCAGCUGCAGCGGGUCCAGGGCGGCCCCGGCCUCAAGGCCUGUACCUCCUCCCACUCCCUGUGCUCCAACCUUAGCAGCACCUGGAGCCUCAGUGACUUCACCUCCCCCCUGGCGGCCCUGGAUGCGGCCGGAGAGGCAGUGGCCGCAGGGGGAUCUGAGCCCCACACCUCGGAAGAGGCCACGGACAGCGAGAAGGAGAUCAACCGGCUCUCCAUCCUGCCCUUCCCCCCCAGCGCUGGCUCCAUUCUACGGCGGCAGCGUGAGGAGGACCCUGCGCCUGCAAAGAGGUCCUUCAGCAGCAUGUCCGACAUCACAGGGAGUGUGACACUUAAGCCCUGGUCCCCAGGCCUGUCCUCCUCCUCCUCCUCGGACAGCGUGUGGCCCUUGGGAAAGCCGGAUGGCCUCCUGGCCAGGGGCUGUGGCCUAGACCUCUUUAACAGGUCACUGGCCAUCCGAUUGUCUGGCUGGAACCCCCUAGGGGGCCCUGAGCCGCAAGACAAGAGCCCAGACUGUCAGUCAUUCCCUGGGGACAGCUGGUCUGGGACGGUGGUUCGGCGGGUGCUCUCUGGACCAGGGUCUGCCCCAGCAGAACCCCGAGAGCCCAGGACUGAAGUUGCUGGCCUGGAUGCCGAGACUCUGCAGAGACCCUCGCCUUGGAGCCAGGGGUCCACAUUCCCCUACCUGCUAGACUCCAAGGCCUGCCAGUCCUUCCGAGAGGCCCUGGAGGCCUGGGUGAAGGGGCCAGGCACGGAGCCCUUCUACAUUCGCGCCAACCUCUCCCUGCCCGAGCGGGCCGACCCCCAUGCCCUGUGUGUGAAAGCCCAGGAGAUCCUGCGGCUGCUGGACCCGGUAUACAAGCGGAGGCAGGAGUGGUUCUGUGCACGAGUGGACCCCCUCACGCUGCGGGACCUGGACCGAGGCACCGUGCCCAACUAUCAGAGUGCCCAGCAGCUCCUAGAAGUUCAGGAAAAAUGUCUGCCCUCCAGCCGGCAUCGAAGUCCCCGCAGCAAUCUGAAGAAGCGAGCCCUGGACCAACUCCGCCUGGUGAAGCCCAAGCCCUUGGGGGGUCCCGCCGGGGACUCCCCAGAGCAGCUGCUGCUGGAACCCUGCUCAGAGCGGGAGCGAAGCCUCAAACCCUACAGCCUGGUGCGGCCCCUCCUGGUGUCAGCCCUGCGGCCCGUGGUGCUGCUGCCUGAAUGCCUGGCGCCCCGGCUCAUCCGCAACCUGCUGGACCUGCCCAGCUCCCGGCUGGAUUUCCACGUGUGUCCAGCAGAAAGCCUCUCUGGGGAGGAGCAGUACGCACCCUCCGCCCCUGGAGCCCCCAAGGCCCGGCCUGCCCCCCCUGGCCUGGGCAGCAGGAUCCGCACCAUCCAGGAGUCCGUCGGGAAGAAGCACUGUUUGUUGGAGCUGGGGGUGCGGGGCGUGCGAGAGCUGGUGCGCAGUGAGAUCUACCCCAUUGUGAUCUACGUGGAGGUGACGGAGAAGAAUGUCCGGGAAGUCAGGGGUCUGCUGGGUCGGCCUGGCUCGCGGGACUCGGAGCUGCUGCGGCAGUGCCGUGGUUCUGAGCAGCUGUUGUGGGGGCUGCCCUGCUCCUGGGUGCAGGUGCCCAGCAGCGCCUGGGUGCACGCGGAGGAGCUGGCCAAGGUGGUGCGCGGCCGCGUGCUGCAGGAGCAGGCCCGCCUGGUGUGGGCCGAGUGCGGCGGUGGGGCCCUGCGCCGCAACGGCAGCAGCGAGGCCUGAGAGGCCCCUCCAAAGCCCCAGUGCCCUCCAGCACUUCGGAAGCCGCUGGCGGGGACCCUGGUGCUUGUGCUGGGCCCCGUCUGCCUCCCCACCCUGAGCCUUCUGGGCCUCCGGACUCUCAGACGCCGGAGCCGGGCUCUGGGUGCCCACCUGAGUUCGUCGUUGGCCCUGACGAGCUGUGGGAGCCCCGGGGGCAGAGCUUCCGCUGCCCCCGUUCUUGCUGCUCUGGGCCUUCCCCUGCACCCCACCUGUGUGUCCGUGUGUCCCCCUAGCGUCCUCGCCGGAGCGCACGCUGCCAGGCCCUCCUGCAGCGGGGGUCCUGUCCACUCCCCGGUUGCUGUGUGCUGGCCCGUGCACACGAACUCUCCGGGUUCCCUCCCUGCCCACGAUGCUGUCACACGUGCCCCUGUGCCCUUGUGUGCAGGUCUGCCCCGUGUACCGGCGGAUCUGUGUAAAUGUCCUGCCCGCUCCCUUGACCCCAGGCACUAGCACUCACGCGUGCACAGAGCCGUGUUCGGCACGCCCGCUGGAACGUGUGUGUGCGCGUGCGUGCGUGCGUGCGUGCGUGCAUCCAUCCUCAGGGCAGCUGGGGAGGAGCUGCUGCUCCGCGCAUCACCAGAAUGGAUCAGAAUGUAGAGCUCGUGGUUGCUGGUGGCCGUUUAACUCAGAGGCUGCACACAGGAAACAUUAAACACUGUCACGGAC